AUGGCUCGUCUAUCACAUGCUUCGCUGGCAUGGCUGCUUUUCACUGCCUCAGCACAAGCGUCUUAUGUUAUCGAAGGUCUCUCCUUCGGCCACAAGGGCGCCAUCUCACCGAAUGGACGCGCCGUCCCCGGCUGGCACCUUUCUGGCGAGAACCACACUCCCCAACUACUAUCCGACCGCAUCAUCCUCACUCCUCCCGCUCCCGGCGGCACAAGGGGCGCCAUCUUCGCCGAUAACCCCAUCACCCAACCUGAAUGGAUUGUCGAGACCGAGUUCCGUGCCUCGGGCCAAGAGCGUGGCAGUGGUAACCUGAACUUCUGGUUCGUCGACACUGGCCGUUCUGCUGUCGGCCAAAGCAGUAUAUACACCGUUGGCAAGUUCGACGGUCUUGCCCUGGUCGUUGAUCAAUACGGUCCGCGUGGAGGAUCUAUCCGCGGUUUCCUCAACGACGGCACGGCCAACUUCAAGGACCACCACAAUGUUGACAGUCUGGCCUUUGGUCACUGUGACUAUGCCUACCGCAACUUGGGUCGUCCCAGCAAGCUGCGCAUCGAGAACGGUGCUCAUGGUCUCCGUGUCGAUAUCGACGGUACACCCUGCUUCCACAGCGAGAAGGUCAACCUCCCUCCUGGCUACUUCUUCGGUGUCUCCGCCGCUGCUUCUGAGAACCCCGAUUCGUUCGAGCUCUACAAGUUUGCCGCAUCCACCACAAAUUCCAUCACCCGUGAGGAACCCAACGUCGAGGCCAAGCGCCAGCAUCUUGAAAAACUAGACAAGUUCCCUGGUGCUCCUGAAGCUCUUCCCGAUGCCGACGCCAGCACUAUCCUGGACCAGGUACAUCAGUUUGCCGAUCUUCACAACCGCAUGCAAGCAAUGAAUCACCAGAUUGCAACCCUGUUUGGCGAGUUUGAGCGUCUGUCCCGUCAAUUGAACGAACGCCAUGCUGAGUUGAUGGCCAAGGUCACCGGUCCCAAUGCUGGUGAUUCUAGCGACAAGACGCAUCAACAGACUACCGGCGAGGCCCUUCUUCCUUUGAGUCGUCGUGUUGAAAACAUUGAGCGUAUUGUGCUCGCCAUUCAGCGCGAUGUUGAGGGCAAGGACUACCGCGAGCACUUGACUAACCUACAGCAGUCUAUCGAGGGCGUUCGUGGAGGUUUGACCGAGCAUCUCCCCGAGACAAUUUCUCACAUGAUCUCCACUGCGGCUCCCAAGAUGGGUAUGUUCAUCUUCGUCGUUAUUGCCUUCCAGGUCAUGCUCGCCGGCGCCUACAUCAUCUACAAGAAGCGCAGAGCAAGUGCUCCUAAGAAGUAUUUGUGA